AUGCCCGUAAAACUUUUUGGGAAAAGGCGACCUGCCGCAAACGCUAGAACUCAAUUAGGCCCAGCCUCGUAUACGUUGCUCUCUGCCGGAUCCGCAUGGCGAGGGCCACUUCCAAGUAUAAUGGAUUCUGAGCUUGAGGUAGUGCUUUGA